GACUGGGUUUGGAUUUUUAUUGUGGUGUGUUGUCAACAAUUCCCCACACGCUGCGUUGUUUGUAGCGUACUGACGUGUGUUCUGCGUUGUCCCGGAGUAGGACGCGUCUUCGUGAAAGCUUUGGGCAGUUCAGCAGUGUUGUUGCGAAUUAGCAGCAGCUAGCUAGUUGGUUGUUAGCAGCACGAACAGAGCAGCAAGUGAUUUCCUCUUUGACUCAAACUACCAGGUUUCAUCUCUCUUGGCCUGAGGUGUCGUGAGCCAAUGUUGCCACAGGAAGAACCAGAUGAACUGAGACGGAACAGUGUGUGAAUGAGUGGUGUGCCGGAUCAAGAAACCAAAAAGGUGCCAAGAGGAGGGACCCUAAAUUCACAUCAGUUUUGUAACAGAUUGCAACAGAACACAACAGCCAGACGGUUGCCAUGUCGACCUCAUCGCUACGGCGACAAGUAAAGAAUAUCGUCCACAAUUAUUCAGAGGCUGAAAUCAAGGUUAGAGAGGCAACAUCUAAUGACCCAUGGGGACCCAGCAGUUCUCUAAUGUCAGAGAUUGCUGAUCUAACCUACAAUGUUGUGGCCUUUUCUGAAAUCAUGAGCAUGGUGUGGAAGCGCCUCAAUGACCACGGCAAGAACUGGAGACAUGUAUACAAGGCCAUGACUCUUAUGGAGUACCUGAUCAAGACUGGUUCAGAACGUGUUGCCCAACAGUGCCGAGAGAACAUAUAUGCAGUCCAAACGCUGAAAGAUUUCCAGUAUAUUGACAGAGAUGGCAAAGAUCAGGGGGUGAAUGUGCGAGAGAAAGCCAAACAGUUGGUGACCCUGCUGAAAGAUGAAGAGAGGCUAAGAGAAGAAAGGAUUCAUGCCCUCAAAACCAAAGAGAAGAUGGCACAGACCUCUAGUGCCUCCUCAGCUCCCUCAGCACCCAGCCUGGGUGGUAGUCUAUCAUUGGGCUCCCACUCUGGAGGGGCUGAUCCUGAGCAGGCAUGGCCACAGAGCUCUGGAGAGGAGGACCUGCAGCUCCAGCUGGCUUUGGCCAUGAGUAAAGAAGAGGCAGAACAGACUAGCACGGACCCUCUGGAGGACGCAGAGCUUCGCUAUGCACUCACACUCAGCAAAGAGAUUCACCAAAAGGAGGAGCGGCUGCGUCGAGGGGAUGACCUAAGAUUACAGAUGGCCAUUGAAGAGAGCAAGAGGGAGAAGCCAAAACCAGAGGAGAGUGCUCUAAUGGAGUUGAGUGCUGUGGACCCCUGGGCGGCCCCUGCAUCUGCCACAGUGGGCUCUGCUGGCUCCUCCCCUCCACCCACAGUUUCUGCCCCUGUUGCUUCAGGCCCAUGGGGCACGUCUACAGACCCGUGGGGGGUUGCGUCACCCACGUCUCCAACUAGCUCAGACCCCUGGGGUGGAGGAGCUCCAUCCACAAUAGCUGGGCCUCCAGACCCCUGGGGAGAGACAUCCAACAGAGUUAACAACGUUGAGCCCUGGGGAAGCUCAGCUGUGACCCCCCCCAGUGCUGACCCCUGGGGCCCCCCAGUACCCCCCAGCACUUCUUCCUCAGGGGGGCCAAUAGACCCUUGGUCAAGGGAUGGGCCUGUCCCUGCCUCUGACCCAGUCACCUCUGACAUCUGGAGUGGCACCGCCAAACACACUAAUGGCACAGGAGACCCAGAACUGAGAGGGUCAACCAGCUGUGACAGCACAAGCUCUCCAGUCCCUUUUGAUUUAUCGUCUCUUGGUUCUUCACUUCCCGUUCGUAAGACGCCUGAGUCCUUCCUUGGUCCCAAUGCAGCACUGGUGGACCUUGAUUCCUUGGUGUCAUCUAAACCCAAACAACCUCCUCCUCCUCCUAUUGUCUCCUCAUCUUCGGCACAUAACCCUUUCCUUCAGAACACAGGCUCAUCGCCUGUCCCUGGGAUGGCAGUGACACCAGGCAGUACUAUUUCCAGCAGGGGGGUUUCUCCGACACCCGCUGCUUCCAACCCUUUUGGUGUGGCCCCGCCCAUGACCUCCAUCUCACCUCAGCCGUCGUCGCUCGGCCUGAGCAGCCUCCGCACCAGUCCUGUGCCUCCAAAUCCCAUGCUGGGCAUGGUGCAACCUGGGAUGGGAAUGGGGCCAAUAAGCAUGGGAGCUCCAGGAAUGGGCAUGGUGCAGUCCGGCCCCAUGGGUUUGCCCUACAGCAGCCUCUCGCCUAUGGUGGCUCCAGGUGCCUCCCUUUUAGGUCCUGGAGGGACAGCACCUCCUCAGCUGAUUUUGGGAGGGACAAGUGGAACGGGAGGAGUGAUGGGGGCAGGAACGUCAGUAGGAGGUGGAGGAACAACCGGGGCAAGCACCAAUCCUUUUCUUCUUUGAGGAAGUGUCACGUCGCUCACCUGAUUCCACCUCCUCAGCCUUACCUGCUGCCCCAUCAUUCAUCUACCCCCCAACUCAGUUUGU